GCUUGAUCUCUCUACGAUAGACAACAGAUUCUCUCAAACCAUACCUGCGCCAGACUUUUAGACUGACCCAACCCUUGGCUCAGUCUUGACAAUCCAACCAGUUUUCUCUUCAAACUUUUUAUGCACCCUGCGCCCUCUGAAGCCUCUCAAAACGCGACUUCAGUAGAACCAACCCAGCAACUCCCCUCGCCUUCUACACAGCAUGGACUUCCAGACGUUGAACAUGAGGCCUCUGGCGGCUUGCCCUCCACGAGAAGCCCCAGUGAACCGACUCCAGAUGCAGAUGAACCGUUUGACAAUGUCUCCGUACACUCCAGCGGCACCCAGCGUGGACGGUCCUCCAACGCCAGAUGGAUAAGCAGUCGAGACAGUUCCUCUCAAGGCUCUCCUGGUAGUCGUAUCGACGAGUAUGAAAGGGCACACACACAAUAUCGGAAACCAUCCGAUGGCAUGAUCUUCCAGGUUAUUCCAUCUUCGAAAGACAAGACUUCGAGGGUUUCAAUUGAGAACUUCCCGAAUGAGGUUCUCACCCAUAUUCUCUCUCACCUCCCCCCAGAGACGCUGUCUUCGAUGAGUCUCGUGUCUCAGCGGUUCCACAAAUUGGUCACCACACCACACGCGUGGCGCAUCGCGUUUGCCAGAUACUUUCCCGGUGCGGAAGCGUUGGGUGCUGGGUCAAGCAAGGUGGCACAAGAGUCGGUAUCUGAUGUUGACAGAGCACAGCGCAGAUCGUUCACGCGGCUGUCAGCCCUUUCUUCAUGGAGAAGCGAGUAUAUCCUUCGAACACGAUUGCUGCGUUCUCUAGGCCGCGGCCGGCCCGCAAUCGAAGCAAUCUCUCGGUCCGGUGCAUCCCGUCACGCCAGCAGUGCAGCUGCAGCUGCAGUCACUACCUACGCAUCCGGCUUGUAUUACCCAGUCAGCCAUUUGCACGCUACAUUUGGGGUGGGCUUGAACAAGAAGCAGCCGUUGUUCAUGCAUGGGGCUGUAGAGCAAGGAGCUGUCACUGUCAGCGACCCGGCUAGUGGGAAACCGGGCGCCUGGGGCCUGACGGAUUUCGAUGCUUUCAAACACUUUGCUGAUCAGUUCCCCGGCGAGUUGCCUUAUGGUCUGGGUCCCGGGAAUGUGGUUGGGAUGGCCAAUGUCAUGGAUCUCAGUCAGCCUUAUGGGAAAGUGUAUGGAGAGGCUUGUCCUGGCGGCCGUGUCUUCUACACGUCUACUAGCGAGCAGCGGGGCCGAUUCGUGUCCAUCUCCUCGAUGGCCAACCAUGCUCUCGGCAUCCCUGAAACAACCAUGAUCGGCUGUGCUGUUUGCUCGGUCUGGAUUGCCAAGUCCGAGUCUGUUCUCAAGGCCACCAGUGGCAUAUUCGGCUUUCUUGCAGGAUUCUCGAAUGGAGUUCUGGCAGCAUAUGCCCUUGGUGUCAAUCCAGUCCAUGAUCGCCGCUUCGAAAAGGGAGAACUUACAGCCAAGUGGGUCCUCUGUCCAGGUGUCCCAAUCAUUGCAAUUUGUGUCGAUGAAAGGUUCUCUGUUCGGAGAUCAUCUUCACAUCGAAUUUGGGCAACUGUUCUGAAUGCUCUCGGAGAGGUGUUCUACCUCACAGAUGCUCCUACCCGGCCAGACUUUGUCGGCAAAGCUUCGCCCGAAGAGCUUGAUCGCCUGGCUUGGAGAACGGGGAGAAGUGUACAAUGGUCAUUGGUCGAGGCUACACGACGCGCCGCGAAACCAGACCCCUUUGGCACAGCCAAGGUUGAUGGCAGUUACAGCCCACGCAUCUCGGGUGACGAGUGCGGCUUGAGCAAAGACCAAAUCGUCGCUGAAACCAAAGAGGUCGAAGAAUUCCUGCGGUACAAACCAAAGCACUUUCAGAACAUUUGCAACGGGUGGGAUAUGCAGCGACGACUGAUCUGUGAUUUCGCUGGCGACGAUGGUGCGAAUGCAGGGGAGUCAGUCUUCGUCGUAGAUUGUGGUUUGUAUGGGAAUAAUGUGGCUUCGGUACGCCGUUUCACUAGGUGCAUGACCAAGAUCGCCGUCGAUCCGGAGCUGGACAGCUGGCCCACCAUUCAGUCGACCAUCAAGCAGGCUUCGAUCUUUGGGACGGCAAGUCCAACGCAGCAGUCUCCGUAUUCCUCGCCGGCGCCGAGAAGUGUCCCCAGGUCGCGCACCUCCAGCCAAGAUGACUUGGGCUCGAGGACCCGAGAGAUUUGGCACCUGUCGAACUUCUCGUUCGCUGAACAUCGCAACAUUCACAUCUCAGCCUUGGCUUCUGACGAGUCGGAGUUCGCAACCCUGAACGUCAGUGAGGAUCCUCUGCUUGGAAUGUCUGGUGGCUCCAAUACGUCUUCUCCUCUUGCAUCCCCCCUGGGUCAUACUGGGACGGUAAGCUCGAGCUCGGAAAUACCUGGCCACCGUGCACGUCUUUUCGGAAUCGGUACGAUGUCUGGCAUUGUCAUGCUUUGGGACAUGCGUGCUAGCCUCUCCCCCAGCCCUGAGGUUGUCAACACCGUCUCACCAGUCAGGGUUAUAUACACAAAAUCUCCUCAGAUUGCAUCCCUUGCCCUCACUUCGCUGUACGUUGUGCAUGGUGGCAACGAAGGCCUGGUUCAGGCAUGGGAUCCUCUGGUGUCCACAGCUGAACCAGUCAGGACGCUCAAUUCUCGGUUCUCGGACCGGGCAAGACGGCGCAUCGCUCAAGCCGAAGCUUCUGUGCAGGGUGUUGGAAACAAUUACUAUGCUGCAGGGGCGAUAGUCCUCGAUCCGGAUCCGACAGUCUUGCGGGGUAUGGUUUCCUUGGGAUCUUAUGUCCGAUACUGGUCUUACAGCUCCACUGCCGCCGAUGCGUACAAGACGCGCAAGAGGGGUCAGCUGCGUCGCCGCUCAGAGCGUGGCAGCAAUUCUACGCCAGCCAGCCAGAAGGUCAGUGCAACGGGACGUGGACUGAUCAAGGACUACAUCAGCAAUGAAAGGCAUGAGAUGGAGCGGGAGAAGCUUGUCAGGCAGAAAGAGCUCGAACGUCUGAGCGGGCGAUUUGGCACCAAUAUCCUGGGCGAAGGGGCAAGCGAGGAAGAGCUACUGGCUUAUGCUACCAUGCUGAGCGAGGAGGCAUUUUCCAGCGACGAAAGGAAAAGGAAGGAGACCUAUGGCGGCAGCUCGAUUGCCUCGCCGAAUCCUUCCCAAAGCGGUGCGGAUAAUGCGGCUGAUGCGGCUGAUGCGGAGCUGGAGGAAGCCCUCCGAUUGAGUCUAUUGGAAAGCGAACAGGUAUCGUCGUCCCCUGCGAUGAGCGCCAGUGACUUCGACAUACCUAUCAGAUAUGCGAAAGGCUCAAGACAUGGUACGCCUUCGCGAAGUGGGAAGGCCGGGAGCAGCAAAGCAAAAGCAGCGGUGCAGGAGGAGGAUGACUUGGAGUUUGCCUUGCAACUGAGUCUCGCCGAGGAACAAAGCCGGAUGGCCAUGGACGAAGACUUUCCCAUGCUUUCCAAAUCCACAAGUGGUGGAUCGGAGGGAAGUGGGAAGGGAAAGGGCAAGUCUAGACGGCGUUGAGGAGAUGUCUACAGCGUUUCUUUCGGGGAGAUGAGGGUUCUUUGUUUUGCUACACUAUUCUCAUACAUGUUGUGGGACUCGGUUCUAUUCGUUCUUCAAUGCUCUCUAGUCUUAGAAAGCAGUGGUAAUUCAGGUAGAUUGAAUUUCUUCCUUCCAACCCAAACA